UGGGCUCCUCAUUCUGGGCAAGGGGGCUCGAGGCAGCACUGAGCUCUCUGCAGCGCCCACGGCCGGUAGCCCAGAGCAACCUGGUUAGCGACAGACACGUUCGGAGGGGCUGGGAGUCCGGAUCCGCCAGCCAGACCCUGGUUCUGAACUCGAGUCCUGGCGGCUCCCACCUGGUUCUGGAGUGACUGGAUCCGAGCAAUUGGGAUCCAGCUCUUUCCCUGGUUCUGACAUCGCUGGAGCCAGGAGAUCUGGAUCCAGACCUUGGUUCUGACAUCCCCGGAGCGGCGCAGAUCCAGACCCUGGUUGUGAAGUUGCUGGAUCCAGGAGAUCUAGAUCCAGACCCCGGUUCUGAUGUUGCUGGAGCGGCGCGGAUCCAGACCCUGGUUCUGAAGUCACUGGAGCAGCCUGGAUCCAGACUCUGAUUCUGAAGUCACUGGAGAGGCGCGGAUCCAGACCCUAGUUCUGAGGUUGCUGGAUCCAGGAGAUCCAGAUCCAGAGCCUGGUUCUGAUGUCCCCCGUGCGGGGUGGAUCCAGAUUCCGGUUCUGAAGUCACUGGAGCAGGAGGGCCAGGACCUGGUUGUAACAUCCCUGGAGCAGCCCGGAUCCAGACUCCGGUUCUGAAGUCGCUGGAGCAGGAGGGCUGGGACCUGGUUCUGACGUCCCCAGAGCGGCCUGGAUCCAGACCCUGGUUCUGAAGUCGCUGGGUCAGGAGGGCUGAGACCUGGUUCUGACGUCCCCAGAGCGGCUUGGAUCCGGACCCUGGUUCUGCCCUCUCCGUCUGUGCGAUCACCAUGCUGCCCCUGCUGGCGCUCUCUCUCCUGCUGGUGCUGCCCGGCGCCAGCCCCAAGGAGUGCUUCUUCUGCGAGGUGACAUCCUCCCGCCACUGCCCCAGCACCCGCAUGAGCUGCGCCCAGGAUGAGGAUUGCUUUGUGGGGCACGGGGCCGCCCUGGGCGUCUCCCUCAUCCAGACCAAGGGCUGCACCCGGGCCAUCCGCUGCGGCAAGGAGCACCCCGUCACCCACAUGGGGGUGACCUACAGCCUGGUCACCGUGUGCUGCAAGGGCAGCCUGUGUAACGGGGCCGGCGCCCGCCCGCGAGGGCCCGGCCUGGGUCUGCAGCUGGCGCUGGGCAUGGCUGUGCUGCUGCGGGCGCUGUGAGAGACUGGGGGGGUUGCGCGAAGAGGCGUUGGCAGAAUAAAGCCCUGGCACAGGG